CGGAAGUAAAGAAGUAAGCGCAAGCAAUAGGAAAGGUAGAAGGUGUAUGCACUAUUACUGGAGAGGAGAAAUGGCAAAAUGAGGAGUUGACUUUAACCUGUCAGCGCUUAAGCAGAAUGGGUCAAUUUAUCAGUAUCGGGACCUGAUGAACUUGCUGGACUGCCCCUCAGGGAAUGGGCCAUCAGAAUGUAUACCGUCCCUAUUGCCUUCUUGUGCCUUUGCUGUUAUAUCACUUUCAUUGUCUUCCACUCUCCCUCAACACAUGCUGCCUGCUCUCUGCACAACAAGGAGGAUGUCGGUUCUGGAGAUGAGCUGACCUGGGCUGUGCAUCUGGAUUCUUCUAUUGCCCAUUGGCAAAGGGAGGAGAUGGACGCCUUGGCAGAGGAACUUUCCAAAUCUACAGGGCUAGAGAACCGAGGUGUUAUAGGGGAGCUAAAGGACCAUUACCUGUUUGCCUACAGGGGAAGUACUCAGUGCCAAGAAGAUGCUCGUAAGAAAGCCCAUGAACUUUUUACACAGCAUGAAAGCGUGAGGUGGUAUUCAGAGCAAACACUACUGAAGAGAUCUAAAAGAAGUUUGCACUUUAAUGACCCCAAGUAUCCACAGCAGUGGCACUUGCACAAUGGCCGAAAUCCUGGAAUGGAUAUUAAUGUUACCGGUGUGUGGGAGAGAAAUGUGACUGGUCGUGGGGUCACUGUGGUGGUUGUGGAUGAUGGAGUCCAACACACUAUCCAAGACAUCCAGCCAAAUUAUAGCCCUGAGGGGAGUUAUGAUAUAAACUCUAAUGACCCAGACCCAAUGCCGCACCCUGAUGGUGGCAGUGACAACCGACACGGGACUCGAUGUGCUGGGGAAAUUGCCGCAGUUCCCAAUAAUAGUUUCUGUGCAGUUGGUGUGGCCUUUGGGAGCCGGAUUGCAGGAAUCCGUGUCCUUGAUGGGCCCCUUACAGACAGCAUGGAAGCUAUUGCAUUCAACAAGCACUAUCAGAUCAAUGAUAUCUACAGCUGCAGCUGGGGUCCUGACGAUGAUGGUAAAACAGUUGAUGGCCCUCAUCAACUAGGAAAGGCCGCACUGCAGCAUGGAGUAAUUGCUGGACGGAAGGGAUUUGGGAGUAUUUUUGUGGUUGCCAGUGGUAAUGGAGGCCAAUAUAAUGAUAACUGUAACUACGAUGGAUACGCUAACUCCAUCUACACUGUUACCAUAGGUGCCGUUAAUGAAGUGGGUAAAAUGCCAUUCUAUGCAGAGGAGUGUGCAUCAAUGUUAGCAGUGACCUUUAGUAGCGGUGACAAAUUAAUGAGAAGUAUUGUGACAUCUGACUGGAAUCUGCAGAAAGGGACGGGAUGCACCGAAGGUCACACGGGGACUUCUGCAGCUGCGCCUAUUGCAGCAGGGAUGAUAGCUUUGAUGUUGCAGGUCCGGCCAUGCUUGACCUGGAGAGAUGUCCAGCAUAUAAUUGUGUUCACAGCUACCAAGUAUGAAGAUCGUCAUGCAGCCUGGCAAACAAAUGGAGCUGGCUUUAGCCAUAGUCAUCAGCAUGGAUUUGGCCUGUUAAAUGCUUGGCGUCUCACAAAUGCAGCUAUGGUAUGGGAAUCGGUACCCUAUUUAGCUUCCUAUAUCAGUCCUGUAUUUAAAGAGAACAAACCUAUCCCUCUAGUGCCCAAUACACUUGAAGUAUACUGGAAUGUGACUGCUGCUGACCUCCACCUCUCUGGAAUGAAGACACUAGAACACGUGGCAGUAACCAUUACUGUUGCGCAUCCACGCCGUGGAAAUCUAGAGAUUCGUCUAUUUUGUCCAAGUGGAAUGUCCUCACUUAUUGGAGCCACUCGUAGGAUUGACAUGGACCCAAAUGGUUUCUCAGACUGGACAUUUUCGACAGUGCGAUGCUGGGGAGAGAGUGCAGAAGGAACUUACAGAAUGGUGGUUAGUGAUAUAGGUGAUGAGUCUCUUCCACCUGGUAUUUUAAAGCAAUGGCAAUUAACACUUUAUGGAUCCUCCUGGGCCUCUGAAGAUGUAGCAGAAAGAAGGAGGGUGGUUGAAGAUGCACAAAGUGGUAAAUUUCUAAACAGUAGCUUUUCUCUGCCUUGUCCUCCCGGCCUUGUGAUCGCUGAACAAGAAGGCUAUGUCAUCACCAACAACACACUUCGGACAUUGUUGCUCUUGGGCUGUUUUGCUGUAUUCUGGUCCCUCUAUUACACAUUGGAGCUGCACUGCUCUCGGGGUUCUAGCGAUGGGGAUUUGGAUCUGAGCUGUGACGGAACAAGCUGCAGGUGGUCCUGUUCCCGGGGAACCCCAAGUCCACAAGAUCUUGAGGCGGGCAGUGAGUCAGUGCCAUUGUUUAGUGUGGAGCAAGAGGAAGAAAAUGAGGUCACUUCACCCCACAUGUACCAUAGCUCAAAGUCAAGCAGAACACAAAGUCCUACAGAUCUCAGAGACUCGACUUCUGCGCUAUAACUAUGGAAAGGCUGGGGCACACAGGAUGCCUGUGACCCGGAUAUAACUGAAUGUGGCAUAAUGAAUGUUGAAUGUAAAAUUAUGGAUGUGAUGGAAGUCUCAGAAAUAUACUUGUUUUUAUAUUCUUUUUCAAAAUGGUGACGCCACAAUGGCUAUGAAGUGUACACGGUCUUAUAAGUAAUCUUGCAAUGGUACAUGCCUUGCCUUCCAUUAAUAUGCCAUUCAGCAUCUCUUCGUGCAAGAAGUGGAAGGUGGCUGUGCUUUGACUGAGAUCUUGCUCAGUUGAAGAGUUUGUACAAAAAUCAGCCUCCAAUAUCUAAUUUGUCUCUUAAUUUAUGUCUUGUGAAAAUUGGUUAUAUUUGCACAUGAGAAUUAUCAGAAUUCGAAAUAUCUGCCAAGAGCCUGAUAAUACCUUAUUAAGAUGCCCUGUUCACUUAAAGGGGUGGUUCACCUUUAAGUUAACUUUUAGUAUGUAAUAGAAUGGCCAAUUCUAAGCAACUUUUCCAUUGGUUUUCAUUAUUUCUUUAUAAUUAUUUGCCUUCUUCUUCUGACU